UUGCCUUUUAUUCUCAUGUUUGUUUUUCAACUGGGACUGGUCUGUCUCACGAUCAUACGCGUUAUACAGAGCUGGCGGUCGGCCAAGUGCGAUCUGUACGUCAUGCUGGUGAAGCAUAACAUGUUCUACUAUGCAUGCAGUCUGCUUUUCUCUGCCGUGAACGUUCUUCUGCCAGUGCUACUUUCGGAUAUGUAUUCUGUAUACUGCUCCCUCCAAAAUUUGCAGGCCUUUAUUUUUGCAAUCCUCGCUACGCGCAUGCAUCUCCACCUCUGGCAUGCUGAGCGGCGCGUGGACAGCCCCGUGGCCAUCGUGUGCAUUUCUUUGUCCGACAUGCCACCUGUAAACUAUAAGACGUGACGCUUGGCUUAUUCGGCGUUGUUUGUGGAGUGGAACUUGAU